AUGUCAAGUAUGGUUAUCGUCCGGAUCCACAGCAUCGAGCUAGACCCUGAGACGCCAUCCUUCCCCGGCGAGGACUGGCACACCGAAGGAAAUGCAAACGAACGUAUAGUCGCUAACGCCAUCUACGCGCUUGUCUACGAGUCUACGACCGAAUCGGCGCCGGGGAUUCAGACGACGACGAAAGUGAUGUCGCCCCCGAUCAUAGUGAUGGGUCUUCAGAUGGGGGAUAUCAAGAUCUAA